GCUGCUAGUCUACACAACACUAAGGGCGUUAUGGUACCUGACAAGUUACAACAACAAAACGUCGGAAGUGUUAUCUGGUCAACAGUCACAACCGAAGUCAUGUUCGUCUUAUCUCGCAGCAAGGUUUAUUGACAUGAAGAACAAUCACACCUCGGCCAGGCAGCCCUCGUUUUACGAAAAACCAUCAGCUUUUAGAGAUUGAACUAUCGCAAAUCUUCGUUUACUGGACGCAACUGGGUUUACUCAUCUCGUUUUUUCGCUGUCUCUGGGUGCCGGUCGCCGAGUGUCGGCCAUGGUCUUGUUCACGAUUUCGAGUUUCACUUGAUUUAUUGUCUGGCCAGAAAGACGGGUUGUGUUAUUUGAUCUUAUUUUUUUUAGGUCUCCGUUAGCAAGGACGUGACCUCUAACGAUGGCAUCAAAGGUCCUGAUAUUUGCCGGAGCGCCAGCCAGUGACAGUCUUGAUUGGACACCAACGCUGCUGCUCAAUCAUCUCGCGGAGCCCAUCGCCCGCUUCGCCGGCCAGCCGUACCAGGCACCUCUCAGGAACAACACGACCAUAUCUCUGCUGGAACAUGCAGUAUGGCGGUCCUUACCACUUGACAGGCGCAAGGCGGCGACGGCCAUAGGGGAUGCCAUACCAUCAGGCUACGACAAUCCAUGGCAGGCCCCGCGGUACUCGAGCCAAGAUGAUACCGAUUUCUUCACCACAGGGGACAUAACCCACCAGAACAACACCGAAACUUCAUUCCGGUCCACCACAUCGGACCAGAGCGACGGCAGCCAACAGCAGCUGUUCUCGCAGUUUUGCGAAAAGUCGCUGGCGGUGCAUGACGACAUACCUUCUUCUGAGCUGGAUGCCGUUUCCAGCCAAGAGCAGUCCUCCUUCCUCACAAAUUCAUCCGCAUCCUUCUUGUCCACAUCUCACAGCGGCGAGUUUUCUCCUCGGCCGCCGCUACAGCCGGCCUUUGCCCCGGGCGCGCACGUUAGUGACCUGGCCGAUGUCCCUUCGGCCGCUCACAUUGAGAGCAUCCACCCGCAGACCAUGACGGUCAACCUCGUCGUUGGUAUCAUCUCCAUCGAGCCGGAGCGCCAGGUCCGCACCCGUUGGGGCGGCACGCGAACCUUGGCUGAGGUCGUAGUGGGCGAUGAGACCAAGUCGGGCUUCAGCACCACCUUCUGGUUUGAUCCGGACUCAGCGACAUCAGCAAUGGCCCGUAACCCGCUCGAGGACCUCCGCCGCCAGGACGUCAUCAUGCUUCGAAACGUCGCCCUGCACACCUUUAUGCGCAAGGUGCACGGUCAGGGGUUGAGGAGGGCCGUGACCAAGGUGCACCUGCUGCACAGGAGGCAGCUCGAUGCCGACGACAAUGGUGGCUGCUACUCAGCUGCCGAGCUGGCUUCUUGUGUGAGGAACCCGGCAACUCAUCCGCAGCUUCAAAAGACGAUCCGGGUCAGGGAGUGGGUUACGAGGUUUGUAGGCGGCGGCGGGACCAGGGUGCAAGAUGGGAAGCGCAAGAGAGCAGCACAAAGACUGCGCGCGUGGGAUGUGCCGCCUCCACAUGAUACUCAGUAGAUUUAGCCAUCUACAGGUUUACUAGCUCGUGUGGGCUGUCACCUGGCUUGCUGAAAUGACGGUAGAUGGGGCUGACAUUUUUAUGCAUUGCUGACCAAGCCCAAAUGUAACAAUUUGAUGUGAAAGGCUCACGAAAGUUGCAGGUAUUGGGAGCUUUGUGGUCGGUGACAAAUAAAAUAC